AUGUAUAUACUUUCACCAUACAACGAAGAAGAAAAAAGAAUUUUAAUUAAUACAGAUUGUGAAAAAUCAUUUUAUAGAUUAUAUCAUGAAACUCCACCACAUUCAAAACACUGGUGUCAUUCUCAUUGUGUCUUUGGAGGUGGAUUUUAUAAGAAUUUUUUUUCAAUGAUAUUGUUCUUUUUUCCUACUGUUUUGUAUUGCAUUUCAACAAUUCCAAAUUUCUAUAGAGUAUAUCCAUUGUUGAUUGUUCCAUUUUUACUUUUGUUUAUUAUUGUUUGUAUCUUUUAUUUCAAAGCGUGUUAUUCAAACCCAGGAAUUAUUCCAAGGAAAUAUAGAAUUGGCAAUGGUAAUGAUGAAUUAAAUAAUUCAAGAAUUGAUGUGAUAUUACCAGAUAAUAUUGUUGCAUCAAGAAAAUUUUGUAUGACAUGUUUAAUAAUUAAACCAUUGAGAUGUUCUCAUUGCAGAAUUUGUAAUAAUUGUGUUGAAGAAUUUGAUCAUCAUUGUCCAUGGUUAGGAAAUUGUAUUGGAAGAAGAAAUUAUAAAUCAUAUAUGGGAAUAGUAUUUUUUUGUUCUGUAUAUUUAUUUUAUUUAAUUAUAACAUCUUUCAUAAGCCUUUUUAUUGGGAUUCAAUAUCCAUUGACUUGGACAAGGUUUUUUGAUAAUUGGAAGUCUCACUGGUUUGUAGAACCAUUAACAUGUAUUUAUUGUGUUCCUUGUUUUGGGCUUGUUUUUACAUUACUUAUAUUUCAUAUAUAUCAAAUAUCACGAGGAAUUACAACGAAUGAAAGAAUUAAAAAGAGAUAUAUAUAA